CUCCUACUGAAGUCUUCACGAUCUAGAUCUAUCGUCACCCAUUUCUUUCAGCUAGUCUCUCUAAUCUCACUAAAUCUACUUUGCCAAAAAAAAAAAAUCUCACUAAAUCUACACUUCUCGAUCUCAGUCUCGUCCUUGCUUGCUUCUCGAUCUUGUUAUAUUUUCUGUUCAAGUACUGCUGCUACGCGAUUCCCAUAUUUGAAGACUGAACCGCAAGUCCAAAUUGACCCCAAACUCAGGACAGUAGGGUCAAUUGGAAAUGAGCACAGAGAGUUCUUCACCUCCUCGGUGGCAAUAUGAUGUCUUUUUGAGUUUUAGAGGCGAGGAUACUCGAAAGGCUUUUACAGACCAUUUAUACACUGCAUUGGAUCAUCACGGAAUCAUAACUUUCAGGGAUGAUCCUGAGCUUCACAAAGGGCAAGCGAUUUCUCCAGCACUUUUUGCUGCAAUUAAAGAAUCAAGAUUUGCUCUCAUUGUUCUCUCACAAAAUUAUGCAUCGUCAACAUGGUGCUUGGAUGAACUUGUAACAAUUCUUGAAUGUAUGAAAGAAAGAGAAACGGUGCUGCCAAUUUUCUAUGAUGUCGAUCCCUCUGAUGUACGAAAGCAAACAGGGAGCUUUAGAGAAGCCUUCACUAAUCAUGAAGAAAGGUUUCGGGAUGGCAUAGAGAAAGUGCGAAGGUGGAGAUAUGCUCUAACAGAAGUGGCAAGUCUCUCUGGGUGGAAUUCAAAGGAAUGGUAUGAAUCAAAGCUCAUUAGAGACAUUGUUGAAGAUAUAUGUAAAAGAUUGCAACCUACAUCAUACAGUUAUGCAGAAAAUCUAGUUGGAAUUUACUCAAGAUUGCAUCCAGUUAAUUUGCUUUUAGACGUAGGGGUGGAUGACGUCCGCUUCAUUGGGAUAUGGGGAAUGGGCGGGAUUGGUAAGACAACUAUGGUAAGAGCGGUGUAUGAGAGAAUCUCUCAUGAAUUUGAAGUUAGCUUCCGUCUUACCGAUGUUAGAGACUCCGUUGAAAGAAGUGGUCUCCUAAAUCUACAAAAGCAACUUCUCUCUGGGAUUUGGACAAAAAUGGCUGACAUAUCAGACCUUCAUGAAGGAGCCACCAUAAUGAGGAGGUUGUUAGGUCACAAAAAGGUUCUUCUCAUUCUUGAUGAUGUGAACCAUUCAAGCCAUUUGAAAUUUUUGGCAGGAAGUGAAGAGUGGUUUGGUUCAGGGAGUAGAGUUCUCAUCACAACUAGAAAUGAGCGUUUAUUGAUCGAACAUGGAGUGGAGAGAAGAUUGAAGGUUGAGGAAUUUAAUGAUGUGGAUUCUCUUCAGCUUUUCAGCCAGAAAGCAUUCAAAAAAGGUUACCCUGAAGAAGAUUUUCUUGAUUUGUCUAAAUCUUUCAUAAAUUAUGCCAAAGGUCUCCCUUUAGCUCUUGAAGUACUGGGCUCGUUUUUGCAUGGAAGAGAUCAAAGUGAAUGGAACAGUGCAUUGAGAAAACUAGGAAGAGUCUGUAACUUGGAAAUUUUUGACAUACUUAAAACAAGUUAUGAUGGUCUAGAUGAUGAAGAAAAGACAAUAUUCCUAGACAUUUCAUGCUUCUUUUGCGGAAAGACAAAAGACCGAGUAACAGAGAUACUGAUCAGUUGCGAUGUUUCUGCAAUUAUUGGAAUAAAAGUUCUUACCGAAAGAUCUCUCUUGACUGUUUCACAUGGAAGACUAUGGAUGCACGAUUUGAUCCAAAAAAUGGGUCGGGAAAUUGUCCGUCGGCAAUCUACUAAUGAGCCAGGCAGGCGCAGUAGGUUAUGGCAAGCUGAAGACGUCAAACAUGUCUUGACCAACAAUACUGGAACAGAAGCAAUGGAAGGCAUUGUUCUGGACUCAAUUGAGCUUGGAGUAAAGGUGAGGGUGAAUGCUAAAUCCUUUUCGAUGAUGAACAGAUUGAGAUAUCUUGUCAUUAAGAAUGGGAACCUACCGAAUGGGCUAGAAUGUCUUCCUAAUAGUUUGCGGAUUCUUAAUUGGACCGGGUAUCCCUUGAAAUCUCUCCCAUCGGAUUUCAACCCUGAGAAGCUACUCGAACUUAACAUGUGCCAUAGUUGCAUUGAACAUUUUCCGUUGGAAAUAGAGAGUUUAUACAAUUUGAAAACCGUUAAACUCAGCAACUCUUUGAAUCUUGUCAACACCCCAAACUUUAAAGGUAUGCCACAUCUUGAGCUUCUGUUUCUGGAAGGUUGUACACGAUUGUAUGAGGUUGACCCAGGGAUUGAAGUGCUUGAAAAACUUACUGUGCUGAACUUGAAAGAUUGCAAGAAUCUAGUGCAUUUUGCAAGCAGUGUAAGUGGCUUAAAAUCUCUCAAAGUUCUUAAUCUUUCUGGUUGCUCAAAGCUUAAGAAACUACCGAAUGACAUGGGUCAUUUAGAAAGUUUGGAGGAGCUUCAUGUGAAUGGCACCAGCAUAAGAGAACUACCUUCUUCUAUUGGAAGGCUUGAAAGACUUCUUCUGCUGGAAAUGGAAGAUUGCAAAGAUCUCAUGUGUCUUCCAAUAAGUGUAGGUGGCCUAAAAUCUCUCAAAAUUGUUAAUAUUUCUGGUUGCUCAAAGCUUAACAACUUGCCAGAGGAGUUGGGCCGUCUAGCGUGUUUGGAAGAGGUUUAUGCAAGUGGAACUUCUAUACAAGAACUACCUUGCUCAAUUGGCAUGCUUGAAGGACUUGUUUCUAUGUCCUUGAGAGAUUGCAAACAUCUUGUGUGUCUUCCAAGCAGUGUAGGUGGCUUAAAAUCUCUCAAAGUUGUUAAUAUUUCUGGUUGCUCAAAGCUUGACAAAUUGCCAAAGGAGCUGGGCCAUAUAGUGUGUUUGGAAAAGGUUGAUGCGAGUGGGACUUCUAUACGAGAACUGCCUUGCUCAAUUGGCAUGCUUGAAGGACUUGUUUCUAUGUCCUUGAGAGAUUGCAAACAUCUUGUGUGUCUUCCAAGCAGUGUAGGUGGCUUAAAAUCUCUGAAAUAUCUCAAUCUUUCUGGUUGCUCAAAGCUUGAUAAAUUGCCAGAUGAGUUCGGUCUUGUUGCCUGUUUGGAGAAGCUUGAUGUGAGUGGAAGUGGCAUGAGAGAAGUGCCCUCCUUUAUUGGUCUUUUGAAAAACCUCAAACAAUUAUCUCUUGCUGGAUGUAAAGGGCAAUCACCUAAAUCAUGGAAUAUGAUGUUCAAAUCUUUUCAGUUAUUUCGAAAAAGAAGUCACAUCCCGGCAGGAUUGUCAUUGGCUAGUUUGUCUGGUUUGCAUUCAUUAACCAAACUGGAUCUAAGUGACUGCAAUCUUUCUGAAAUCCCCAAUGAUUUUGGAUGCUUGUCCUCGUUAACAGUGUUAGAUUUGGGCGAAAAUCAAUUUGUUAGACUACCUGAGAGCAUCAGGCAACUCUCUAGACUUGAAUGUCUUCACUUGGAUUCGUGCUGCAAGCUUCAGUCAUUGCCAGAGCUUCCAACUUGUUCAUGUGUAUGCCUCAGCAACUGCAUUUCAUUAGACACAUUAUCCAAUCAAAUAGAGAAAUUGAUGAGUGUUAACCGUUUCAAAAUGGUGGAGAAUGAAAGCUGGAAAAGUCCAGCACUUUCAUUGCUAACACGCUACCUUAAGUUUCCACAUUCAGUACAUUCUAAACCUCAUUUAUUUAGCCUUAUUGCUCCUGGAAAUGAAAUACCAGAGUGGUACAAUCACCAAAGUGUGGGGUAUUCGAUAACUGUAGAGCUGCAUCCAGGUUGGUUUAGUAACAAGUGGAAGGGAUUUGCCUGGUGUGUCGUGUAUAGACUCCUCAAACCACUGCCUUUGGCUGAGUUUGGCUUGCAUUGCUCAUUGACGGCCAAUGGAGAAUUCAUCGGUCGCUGUGGUCUACGGUUUACGGGAAAGUUGAAUAUAUAUGUGUUGGAUCACAUUUGGUUCUUCUGUGGGCACCGUGAUGGUGAUGAUUAUAACUUUGACUAUGAGUGGCAAGAUAUCUACUAUCAGCUUGAAUUCUCAUUUACAUCUAGCUUCCACGUGGGGGGAGAAAUGGAUGAGCAAAUUGUGCGAGUGAAGAAGUGUGGGGUCCAUAUGGUGUAUGAGGAAGAUGCAGCAUCUAGUAGUACUGCAACUGGUGCAGGUCAGGAAGAGGAAGAAGAACCUCAUCCAAAAAGAUUUAAAAGACUUGAGCUUGACGGGGCAGGACCUAGUGACCAGAAAAGUGGUUAAUGCAUUUUUUUUAUUUUCUGUGAAAAUGAAUUGAAUUCUUGUCUUUUUUUUUUUUUUUUUUUGUUAGCUUAGUGAUUAGGGCAUCCACUACCUAUAUACGAAGUCAUGAACCCUUUGAUUCUCUUUAAAAUAAAAAAAAUAAAAAAAAAUAAAAAAUUGAAUUCUUGUC